ACUCUCUCUUCAACAGACCACCGCCGCCGCACACGUUGACGCGCGAUGGGCUCGAACGACUUCUAUAUCCGCUAUUAUGUUGGCCACAAAGGCAAAUUUGGGCACGAAUUCCUCGAGUUUGAGUUUAGACCAGAUGGCAAGCUUCGAUAUGCCAACAACUCCAACUACAAGAAUGAUGUUAUGAUCCGUAAAGAGGCUUAUGUUCAUAGAUGUGUCAUGGAAGAGCUCAAGAGAAUCAUUGACGACUCAGAGAUCAUGCAGGAGGAUGAUGCACUUUGGCCACAGCCUGACCGUGUGGGCAGGCAGGAGCUGGAGAUUGUCAUUGGUGAUGAACACAUCUCCUUCACUACCUCCAAGAUUGGCUCACUCGUCGAUGUUAAUAACUCGAAAGAUCCAGAUGGUUUGAGAUGCUUCUAUUACCUCGUGCAGGACUUAAAGUGCCUGGUGUUCUCAUUGAUUGGUCUCCAUUUCAAGAUCAAACCCAUAUAAAGAGGAUACAGCUUGUGAUGUCAUAUGGGUUGUCAGCAGUGGAAGACACAUAUUUUUGGUCACUUUUAUAGUUGUCAGAAAACCAUUAUUAGUCUCUUACCCCUCCAAACAAACAAACAAAAAAAUGAGGAAAACUUUCUGGCUUUUAAAUAAAGGAUAUGUUCUAGUUUUUAUGUUACAUUUUUCUUUUUUUUCAGCAGUAUCAUAUGUAGUAUGAUUUUUUUAGUUAAUCAUAUGCAGUAAGAGAUUAUCAUAAUAUAUUUAAUUUACAAAUUAUUAAGCAGGGUUCACUUCCUGUUUUCAAGACAAAUUUAAGUAAUUAUUUGUACGAUACUUUUCAUUAAGAACUUGUAUUAAAAAAACAAACAUA